AUGGAUAUUCGUGGUCGCAAAAUGAAGAAACCACCUGCCUGUGCGCAGUGUAGGCGGCGUAAAGUUGGCUGUGAUAGAGUUCGCCCAGUUUGUGGGAACUGUGCGCGUGCCGGUAAAGGCGAUUGUUUCUACCCUGAUGUCCCGGGACAGUAUAUCCAGAAUAAUGGCGGUAGCCCAUUACCACAGAAUGGCAGUGGCCGUCCCGAAGAAAUCAGCACUGUUGAUCAAAUUAGAGAAUACAACACAAGACUUCAGUUAUCUAACAUGGAUGGUAAUGAACUGCCGCAAGCGCCAAAGCAGUAUAUCCCUAGGACAAGUACUUUCCCACAUAAUAAAGAAGUCCCUAGUGGUAGUUCUAUGAGAUCCAAUGUAAAUUGGGUUCAAGGACCAGCCAUAUUUGUGGACGAAGGUGUCAAUUAUGGCCAAGACGAAGCAGUACUUAAAGAACUUGAGUUUAUUAAAAAAAGACUAAUGGAAUUGAAGGAAAUUUCAGGUAGAGAUAUAACUGGCAUAAAUCUCGACUGGACAGUAACGAAACCAAAUGAUACAAUAGAAACUAAAAAAAAUAAAAAAAGAAAGGAAAACUUUCUCACAGACGCAGAGUUUGAUUUAGAAAGUGGUUACGAAUCGGAGUUUAAUAAAUACAGAGACAUGGAUCCAAGCUUUUUAGAUGACUCGGAGAUUUUUGAUAUCUUGGAAAACUGUGAAACAGACACACACAGAGAUGAGAUAAUGGGUUACCUUGACAGCAAAUGCAGUAAUGAUCUGUUCAAUUUCAAUACUGUAUGUUGUUUGGAUCCCUUUCUUUACAAACAAUUUUUAAAAAGAAUUGAUCGAACAGUAUGCGGUAAAUAUCAAGACAAUUUGAAAAACUGGAAAGAAAAAACAAUUACUGGAUCACAAUACAAGAAACCAACCUACGUUGUAAAGUUUCCCAACAAAGCUAACACGAAAGAAUUUAUCAACAUUUUCAAUUCAAUUGUUCAAGAAUCAUCGUCAUUGAUACCUAUUCUAAACUUAGCUCAAUUGCCAGAAUCUAUAGAGAAGCUUUUUUCCAUGGGAUCAACAUUUGAUGUUACUAAACAUGUAUUAUCACAAUUAUUUCAACUGGGGGAGAUAAAUAUAUGCUUGUUACUGUGCUAUCAAGCCAUUGUCUCCUCAGUGUUAAUAAAUUUGACGGAAGAAAUGAACAUAAUUUUUCAAGAGAUCAAAGCCAUGUUUUCCAUAUUAGAAUCUAAUAUAUUCACAAUCAAUUCAGAAAUAGAGCGGAGAUCUGAUGUCGAAAAUCAUACCGAAUAUUUAAGAUACACUGCUCUAUGGAAAUUCUAUUUCUCCAUUUCACCAAGUUUUGCAGAUUCAGUUGAUUACAACGAAGAUGUUAACUUAGGAAUAAGCUUAGGUACCAGUCAUGAACACAGCGAUACCUCAAAUAUUUUAAUGUGGAAUUUCAUCGAGAAAAAUUAUCAGUACAGGACAUUGUUCAGAGGACAGAUUCCAAAAUUGACUCUUUCUCAUCCUUUAAACACUGCAUUUGUGAGGGACCCUCUUUAUGAUAUAGACAAAAAACUUUUAAGCCAUCAUGGUGAAAUAAUAUCUAACUUAUUGUCUAGAGAUGAAAAAUUACCAAUUAGUCGAGUGGAGGAAAUAAAAAACGAUUUAAACAUGGAAAUUUCUAACAUUACGAAACAUCUAACCACAGUUGCCGCUAAUAUUAGUAAUGUUAACGAUACUAUAUUAACGAAAAAUUUGAGUAUUUAUUUGACUUACUUUUUGAUGCUACAAUAUGAGAAAGAGAAUGAUGUUGAAAACUACAAAAAGACUUAUUUGGAUUUCAUUAUGCUAACUCAGGAAACAAUAUUUUAUAUCUUCUCUAACUUUGCUAACAUGAAGUUUACAGGUCAUGAGUUUGUAUACAUCAACAAAUUUUUCAAGGUCUUAGAGAGUAUAGCUAUAAUGUAUCUUGGUGGUUAUGAAAGAUCUGAGAGGCAGUACAGUAAACUUUCGGAUGAAAAUGCAAAACAAGAAAAUAGGUUUCAUUCUGGCUUAUGCUUCCUGAUUUUGCAAAAAUUGCAUAUGCUUGUAAGGGACUACUCUAAGAACUGUAAAGUAGUAAAUCCUCUGGCAACCAAACUUUUGUCAAAGUUAGAGACGAUAAUGUCGCAUAGGUUUGAGCCUGUUGAGAUAGAGAGGAAAAAUAUCUUUGAGUCGAUUUCCACGGACUUAUUAAGAUUAUUUAAUACAAAACUGUAUAGACUUUCAGAGUCUUUGGUUAAGAAAGAAUUUUAUGAGGGUGGAGUGAAAUAUGAUCCAAACCAUUGGGAUACCAUGGGCAUUACGGAAAAUAAUAUUGAUGCCGUUAUAGAUACAUACUAUUCAUGUUCUUGA